AUGAGAGGACCGAAUGAGCCCAUACCGACUGCUGAGCUGCACCCUCCUCAGACAGGCCGUAGAACUGGCGAUUCUGCACCACGGGCGAGAGCGGAGAUCAGCAAUGCAAACACCGGUGGUGUUGCUCUGCCCCGGCAAUACCAGAAGCACGAGGCUAUGAGAGACCAUAAGAAGACCCGGUAUGAAUUCUCCGAAGCGGCAAACCCGCAGGCUGCAUUCGAGAGUGUUGCUGCAGAGUUUCAGAAUGCGCUCACCGAUCGUGAGAAGGAACUCGACGAAGAGCGGCUCAAGUGCAGCUUACUCCUACACGCCAACAACAAAGCCGCCGAGACCAUCAAGAAUCAGGCUCAGACCAUCGCGCAACGGGAAGCUGACGCCAAGUCGCUACACGAUCUGCUUGAUACCAUCGUGGAAGGAUAUCUUAAGCCCUAUGCUCUGGAAAAUGGUACUCAUCCUGACGGCUGGUCACGAGAAUCUGUUCUCGAAGUCAUGAAGGCUCUCUCAACAGAUGCUAGCGACGCGCAUGUCCACACCGCCGAAGCCAUGUCUUACGCGGCUGAUGUUCAUUCCCUAACGGAGCAAGUUCGCACUCUCCAGAAAGAGAUGCUCGCCAAGGUGGAGAAAGUACACGUUGCUUCCGACGAACAAUUUGCGCAAGACUUUCGCAACAUCGUCUCACUCAUCAAGACCAUGAGCCGUACAGUCCAUAUUGUCGAUACCGUGGAUGUUGCAGGAACCUUGGGCACUGGUCCUUUACUCGAGGGCGUGUCGGGCGGUCACUGGGCUGGGCGCGCAAAGAAGAAACUCUUGGUCGAGGCGUGGGUCUGGUCGGUCCUCCUUGAUAACAUCUUCCGCACACCCUUCGCUAUCUUUGGAAACCAGUGUGACGUCUUGAACAGCUACUGGAACAACAUCUACCAGCCUCGGCACCGCAAUGGUUGGCCGAAGCCUACAACCCUCUGCGAAACUUGGCGUUACACAACAGUAGAGAGCAUGCUUGAGCGUAUAGAUCGAAAUAUCAUCGCGCAUGGAAAAGAAGUGGGCGAACCUAACAAGCUUGAAGUCGGCGUCUCUACUCUGCGUCACGAGACAUACAACACCAUCGGCAGCCGCCUGACCAAGAUCUCUUCUAUAACCGUUGAUGCUCCGCAAGUCCAGAACAUUGUCGACAAAGCCUUCAAAUUGGCGCUGCAGAUGUCACUUCAACGAGUCCGUAUCCAGAUAACUCACCCCAAGGUCGGAGACAGUUUUAGCACGGACACGAUGAAAGCUGUGCCAAACACUGACGGCGAAGACGCCGACGAUGGAGCAGUGGCCUUCAUCGUCCACCCUGGCCUGACUAAGUGGGGCGACACGCACGGGAAGAACCUCGACCAUCGUUACGACAUUGUUCCAUCUCUAGUUCAGGUAGCAGACUCUUCCAAGCCAGAAUCUGUGCAGACCGAGCCAGGACUGCGUGUUUGGGCGAACGUUGUGAAGCACGGUCUUGAGAAGACUUCGGCUUCGGACCGCAAGAAUCAAGGAGAAAGCCAGCGCUAA